GGAACUUACAGGAUGACUGGGACCAGGGGAAACUGUGUUGUUAAAGCAGAACAGAGAGAGAAGGAAGAAAACGAGGGAUAAAGCCGUGGGUUGUUGUCAUCACGGAACAACAUGUGUCUCGGUGCACUGCUACUCCUUUGUCUCUCCCAGGCAGAAUUGGGGAAAGUUUGGGCUCAGCAACAAACAGGCAUGCUUUGGAAUGACGCAAAUGGACACCAGCACGAGAUGCCACCACAGCCAAACAUGGCUCCCAGAGAACAGAGGCUGAGCUACACCAGGGUGGUCAGGGAGGCUGUGGGAGGAGCAGUGACCAUAGACACCCUACCAGACAACAUGACACAUCUAGUGGAGGACAACGGUAGGUAUUACUCAGUGAGUUGGUUUGGCCCAGAUGACCGACGCACUGAUGAACUCUGGGUAGAUCUCAACAACUUCCAGCAUGGCCAAGUCAGAAUGCAUGGCAUUCUGUCCAAUACACACAGACAGGCUGCGAGGGUUGCCCUCUCCUUUAACUUCCCCUUCUAUGGACAUAACCUGAGGCAGAUUACCAUAGCAACCGGAGGUUUUAUUUUCAUGGGAGAGGUCACACACCGCAUGCUGACAGCGACACAGUACAUCGCCCCCCUCAUGGCUAACUUUGACCCCGGCUUCUCCAAGGAGUCUACUGUGCAGUACAUGGACAAUGGCGAGUCAUUUGUGGUUCAGUGGGAGCGGGUGAGACUUCGCGGGAGGGAGGCGGAGGGAGCAUACACCUUCCAGGCGGCCCUGCACCACACAGGGACCAUCACCUUCAGCUACAGAGAUAUACCUUUACCAGUGGAGAUGAUAAGUUCUCCUGAACACCCUGUGAGGGUAGGGUUGUCGGACGCAUUCAUGGUGAACCUGCCUUCCCUUCAAUCCCCAGAUACCCAACGUCGGAUGAUCUAUGAGUACCAUAGGGUGGACGUUGAUACAACCAAGAUCACCAACUACUCUGCCUAUGAAUUCACUGCACUGCCUACCUGCCUUCAGCACGACAGCUGUGAUCUCUGCCUCUCGUCCAAACUGACGUCUGGCUGUGCCUGGUGCAAUGUCCUCCAGAGGUGCUCAGAUGGAAUGGAGAGGCACAGACAGGAGUGGCUGGACUACGGCUGUUCGGAGCAGGCCAAAGAUGUCACCUGUGAGGACUAUUCCCAGGAAGGACCAGAUAGCUCUGUUUACCCUUCAGUUUUGCCGACCUCCAUCACCACCCCCUCGGGGCCCCUGCUUGAAGGCCCUGCCACUCGUGACGACACCAAACCAGUGAUCCGGUACAGCAGCAACGAUGUUGAGACCGGAGCCCCACGACCGCACGACAGGCCAGGUCAGACAGUGGUCAUAGCGAGUGUGGUAGCUGCCGUGGUGGUGCUGGUGGCCCUGAUCCUGCUGGCACUUUACAUCAACGCUCAUCCCUUUCCAACCUCCCCCAUCUGUCUCCUGCAGCGACGCAACAGCCACUGGCCAUCCAUGAAGUUCCGAAAACAGGGAUUUCAAUCCAGCUACUCAGAAGUAGAGGUUGAUGUUCAUGAGAAGGAAGGCAUCAUAGAAGCUGGUCGGUGUUGAUGGAACUGAGGAGAAUCUCAGCGAACAUAAAUAAAUGAGUAGGGGAUUGAAGAGGGAACGUAAAGGCACACACAACUCUCCGUCUUGAUUAGCCUCUUAAAUUCAUGUGUGACUGAUAUGUUACGAUGCACAAAAACCAAGAAAAAAACCAUGUUUCAACCUUCACCUACAUUUUGUCCCUACCAUUGCUGGCUCCGAUCUGGGGGCUUUUAUUCUGCUGCUCAUGUUAUAAGUAAAGGUGAAAAGGAGAAGAGGCCACUUUGGGGCUUCGUUAGAAUUACAUUUUUGCAUGGGUGUGGAACGAACUGUCACACUCUGCAUUUCCAUGACCAUAUUUCUUGACAUGCUUUAUCAUCAAUGCAACUUCCUUAUUAUUGUACAGUUCAUCUUUAAAUGUUGGUUGCCUGUAUUUGUUUUUUUGUUUAAAAGAAUAUGCCAUGAAUGUACUUCAGAAUAUUUAUCCGAUUUGUAGAUUACCUCUCAAAUUUCCAGGUUAAGUACAAUGUUUUUAAGCAGUUUGAACAUAAUAAAGGCAUUUGUAUUGAUGUUUCAUUGUAAUUUGAACCUAAAUUUGGCCCUAUAAUGACUGCAUUCUGACCAGUGAGAUUUGUGGCUGCAGAUGACAACCAAACCAAAUGGACUUUCUGUUUUCCUAAUAUAUGUUUGUCUAUGUGGUAAACUGCAGUAAGAUUGUGGGAGAUUUUUUUUUUUUUAUCGAUUGUGGAGUAGAGAGUGUUUCAGAUAUUUCAGUGUGCAUGUUCCAACAUGACGAUGUACUUCCACAUUCUUUGGAUUCGACAAAACCAAAAGGUAUGGUUGUGAUGGGCUUUGGUUUAUAGUUUGACAAGAAUGUUGUGAAGAGGAGAAAAUGGGGUUAUAAAUUACACACACAGCUAACAAAGCUACAGAAGUGCAAAAAUUAAAAUAGAAGUGUUUGUGUGUUUCGGUAUCAACACUGCCACACUGAUGGGACUGAGGCUUCUAGCUACCUCUGAAAUAACUGGGAGGCUUUUGUACUCUCUCUAAUUGAUGACUGUCUAGUAAAGGUGAAAGAACACACCUUCCCUCCUGGCACUGAUUACCAAAACAAUGACAAAUAGUCCUUCAGUCCUUAGUAUAUUGGUAACAGUCAGCAGCAACUUAUUUUAUGCCAGCAGUGCACCGUUGAACUUUCCUAUUGGGAAGACAGACACUGCAUAGAGUAAACGACAGAUCUAGCAGAUUACAGUACUAGUCAAUAGUAGAUCAAGACAAUAAUAAAGGUAUCACUCCUGAGUACAGAAGACAUUUGAGGGAAAAGGACAUGUACAAAAUCAUGAAAUGUUUCAGUUUCACUCAAGGUCAAGAGGACAUACAACUACAAUCUAUAUAAUAGUUUGGAACAGAUUUUUAACAUCCCAGUACUAUUCCAUCAAGUUGAUGAACUAAUAAAAAUUGGCACGUCUAUUCGUAUCUUUCAAUAUAAACAAUUCUAUAAGAUGCUUGCAAGAAAAAGAAUGCUCAUUGAGCUGUUAGACAUGUGUGUAGACUGUCAUGAGGAAAUGGUUAUUAAGUCAUAGAAUCAGUGUUCAGGUGAAUCUACAAACUGUAUUCCUAGAGGAACUGGAAAACGAUGUUGAAUAUGAUUAUACUCUGAGUUGAAAUAUCUAGUUGUAGUCGAACAUCUUCAAAGAUUAUCCACAUACCGAGGUUUAAGAACCCUUUUGAGACAUUACAGACAAACUGAAAGAUUUUUCACAAGGAUAUUUGGCAUUCUAUUGGGAAAACAUGGGGCCCAUCUGUAGAAAUCAGAGGACUGAAAAAAAGAACAUUGAAUACACACAUACUUAUAUACAAGUCGGAUCUGUUGACCAUUAAGUCCUCCAGGUUGGGGUUAGGAAGGUACGGUUAUGUACAAACCCGAUUCCAAAAAAACUGGGACAAUGUACAAUUGUGAAUAAAAACAGAAUGCAAUGUGGAAGAUUCAAAUUUCUACAUUUUAUUCCGAAAACAACAUAGAUGACAUACCAAAUGUUUAAACUGAGAAAAUGUAUCACUUCAAGGGAAAAAUAAGUU